GUCCACCUGGAACAAGGUGUCUCAGACAUAAAUCCAGUGCCAACACCUACUACAUAGAGAAACUAAUUGUUUUGAUUCUGAGACAUUCAAACCCUGGGGAAAAGGGAGGUGUAGUGAUGGUAGAAACUGUGAAGUGAGAACCAAAGUUCCUGAGCACACUGCAUGCAGGGACAGAAGAAGGCUGGAGGUAAGAUGGCAAACAGGUAGAGAGCUACAUGGGCUAGGCCCAUUGCUUAUGUAUUUACAAGCUGUUAUAAGUUAACUAGGAGACUAAAGCUAAUAGAAGUGUCCUAUGUCCUCCUUCAUGCAUGCUUCACAGGUACUGUAAUUUCUUGCAUACCACACACAUCGGAAUAAGACAUGGACCUUGUUUUUGAAAGGUGGAAUGCAGAAAAAAGAUUGUUCCUUGAGAAUACGAGAACAACAGUACUUCCACAGAGAAACAUAGGCAGGGGACAGGGAAAGAGGCAAAAAACUGUGGUUGAUUUGUUAGUCCUGUAACUGCAAGAUGCUGCAGGCUAUGCUGGCUGAGCUAAACUGCCCAGCCCUUCUUCCCUACUUGAGCUGAGCUGGGCAGAAAGCCAGUAUUACUUGCCAGAUUAGCUAAAGAAUGAUUGCUGGAUGGGCUCAUGGGGCACUGGGGCAUGCACAGGCAGCUCCCAGCCCAGAUCCUUUGCCCUGUACUGUAUCAAUCCCUUGCAGAUUUGGGAGGACUCCCUCUCCUCCUGCCUCUGGAUCUCAUGGAGCUGUCCCUUGUUCUGGGGAACCUGCUUAUUCUGAUCCUGACUGGGCUGCUAAUGUACUACUACAGUGCCACGUUCAGGUACUACACCAAGGUGACUGUGCUUGAUGGAUACCUCAUCGCCAUUUCCAUCGUCUCCCUGCCAUUCUUUGUCGCUCAUGGACGUACUGUGGAAAAUAUGAGAAUUAUACGUACCGUGAUGUGUCCCAUCAGAUACUUGCUUGGCAUCAAGGUCAAGGUGCAGGGGAAGGAGAACCUGGACAUUGAGGGGCCCUAUGUGAUUGUUGCAAAUCACCAGAGCAACGUGGACUUUAUUGUGAUGUUUGAGGCACUGCCAGAGCGCUGCGUGACUGUUGCCAAGAAAGAGAUUCUCUACAUGGGGACAUUUGGCCUGUGCUGUUGGCUCUCCAAGUUCAUCUUCAUUGACCGCCGUAAGACAGACCGUGCCAUCAGUGUCAUGUCAAAGGUGGCGCAGACCAUGCACCAGGAGGACUUGCGAGUUUGGGUGUUCCCUGAAGGCACCAGGAGCUAUGGUACCACCAUGCUCCCCUUCAAACAUGGGGCCUUCCACCUGGCUGUGCAGGCCCAGGUGCCUGUGGUCCCCGUGGUGUUAUCAUCCUACAGCACCUUCUUCAACAGAGAGAAGAAGAGGUUCACAACAGGUGAAUGCACCAUCCAGAUCCUGCCACAUGUGCGGACCCAGGAGCUGGGCCCAGAUGAUGUCCCAAGGCUGACAGAGUGUGUGCGGCAGACCAUGCUCACCACCUUCCAGAAGACGUUGGAGGAUGCUAGGGAACAUACAUGAGCCAGAGGAUGACAUCUACACCCUGCACUCAGCUCCUGAUGAUGACAGACCCCCACACUCACACCUAACUCCUAACAGUGACUCGCUGUCCCAGCAUCAUCCAGUUGGGAUGCAGGAGGAUUGGGACUGCUCUCAGUAUCUCUGCUUAUCUGAAAUGUAUGGGUCUUUAGAGCACAGCAGGCCUCCUGAAUUCCCCUCACUCACCCCACUGGAAAUCGGUGGAGCUGCUUUACCCUCUCUGCUCCACCUGGAUUGGCCCCUGGUGUCCCUGGGAGAACACAACAGCCCCCUCUACACCCCAGAGCCACUUCCAGCCCUGUCCCAAGGGAGGAGAGGCAAGAUGAAUUUGGCUGGGAAUUUCAGGACCCCUAAGGAAGCAACAUAAAAAUCCAGUAGGAGCAUGGUUACCACGAUCACAAGGGAAAAUGCAGUAGGAGCUCAGUUACCAUAAGCAAAAGGGAUGUUUAGUGUGAGGCCUGAUCCAAAGCAGCUUCAACAAACUUUGUUCCAGUGUCGUCUAAUGCCUCUUUCACUCCCUGGGCACACUGACAGGGGUGCACCAUGAUAACCCAUUAAACAAGGGUGGGACUUAUUCUGAGCACCCAGGCUCAGUGCUGAGCUCAAUCUGGCCUCUUCACUCUAGCUCCUUUAUUCCAGCUGUGAAGAAAUUGUGACCUGCUCAUCUAGCUGGUUUGCAGCUCAGCAUCAUAGCAUCACAGGCUGGAAGUGUCCAGAUUGUCUAACAGGAUUUCCUGUUCCCAAACCAUCCCCAGCCUCUUCUUGAAAAUCUCCUGUGUAGAAAAGUGCAUUGCUGCCCUGGGCAGCUUCUUCCAUUGUCCUACUGCUCUGGUAGUUAGGGGUCUGUUCCUGAGAGUCAACCUAAUCUGCUUUGCAGCAGUCUAAAUUCACAGCAUCAUGUCCUACCCUCUGCCAUGACAGAAACAAUUUUCUGCCUCUGCUUUAUAGCAGUCUUACAAAAAAUCAAAUACCAUUCUUGGUUCCUUUUUUCCCAGCUAAGUAUGCCCAGGUCCUUCAAUCUUUCCUCGUGCAGCCUGUAGUCACCCUAACUCACUUCUAAAGCUCACCUCAGGAUCCUCUCUAGUUUCACUAGGACUUUCUCAAAGUGGAAUUAUAGAUUAUAUUGA